AUGCUGCUUCGGGCAUUUUGUCGAAACGUUCGAAUAGCAAAAAGCACGCAAUUUUUGCUGGCCACCAGGCGGCCACUUUCUACGACUUCAGCUGCUCUUGGGGGCGGCGGUCAUCAUCAUCACGGUCAGAUUUUUUUUUUUUUUUGAGUUGAGCUCGGAUAUUCUAGAGCCAACCCCAGUUUACAUUCCGAAGCCCGGAUCUUUGGAUUGGUCGCUUUGUGGCAGGCCCGGAGUAUGUUUAAUCCCCAAAAAUGCCGGUUUUCAAUGAAUUUAGGUCAAAAGAAUUUCGACUGAUUCUUACAAUCCGAAAAAGGAUGAUUUUCUGUCGUAUCUGGGAGCGGCAGUGGCCGUUGGUCUGACUAUUGCUGCUUUGGUGAUUUUUUUUUCACUUGUCGAAAUCAUUUAGAACGUAGAUCCGAAUCGGAAUUUUUUCUGACUUCACUCGGUAAUUUUAUGUGACAAAUUCCAGGCGGUUUACACCGAUACGUUCAAAGGGGACAAAGACAAUCAUUCGAAAAAUCCAACUCCACCUAAACAAAAGGUUGGGAAUUUCCGUCAGAUUUCAGUUUUUUUCAAUUUUCAGACAAAAGAAAUAGCGGAAAAGUCGGAUAAGAAUCCUUCGCCUGAAUCUGGAAAAGCUGCCCCUCCCAAGGUUUUUUUUUGUUGAUUUUUGCCUUUCUAUGCGCAUCAUAUUUAUUUUUGAUUGAAAACUUAUUGAAAUAUUUUUCAAUUUAGAAAUAAUCGCUUAAAAAGACUCUAACUGAUUAAGAAUCAUCUUCAGCUCUUCAGAAGAAUAUCGAGUGAGCUGAACUUUGGUCGAUUUCCUCUCUUUGAAAUUCACAUACAGUGUUCAUCUCUUUUUGUGAAACGUUCAAAAGUGGCUAUCUGAACCAGUGACUUUUUUCAGUCAAGCUGUGUUCAGGAACUACGAUGGAAUUCUCACAUGAAAAUGGAUAUUAAAAAGAUUACAAAGUACUUUGAUCCAGUAUUGCAAAGAAUGGUCUUUCUAACCUCUUCCUUGCAUUAUUUUUGAACUUUCCAAAGAUAUGAGGUAUUUGUAAAACUGAUGAUCCUGAUUCAAAAAAUAUUACAUACGCUUGCAGGGCCAAAAACUUUUACGUUUGAAAGAGUAGAACGGCGGGCUUCAGUUUUCAAUAAUGUGGAGCGUUACAGAAGGAAGAAGCGCAGGAGGAGCGACAGGAGCACAAACCAAAGGUGCACGACGAAGACAAGCCCUCAGAGAAGAAAAAUAAUGGAGAAAGCAAAAAAGAAUCAGACAAGAAGAACUCGACGGAAGGAAGUGAACAUGCGGUGACCAAGGAUUCUGAUAAGAAGUCUGAAAACAUGAAGUCGGAAAAGAAAGAAGAAAAACCGAAGGUGGAGUCUUCAGAGAAGAGCAAACCGGAAGACAAACCUGAAGAGAAGUCAGAAGAGAAGCCAAAAACUGAAAACAAAGACAAGAAAACAGAUGAUGAUAAAAAGGACGAAAAUAAAAAAGAAGACAAGAAAUCUUCGGAAGAUAAACCAAAAGAAAAGUCUGACGCUUCUGGAUCUGAAAAGAAGUCUGAGAAGAAGGAGGAAAAGAAGGAAAAGGAACAGGCUCAAGACAUUUCUCCUGCAGGAAAUAAGGUAAGCGUAGGGUUUGGACUGUUAAGAGAAGUUUCGGUUUCAGAAGAGCGAUUCCAAGGACAAGAAGCAGAAUGAGGUGUGUUUUUCUUCAUUCUAAAACUUUAUUCAGUCAAUUGUUUUCCUUGUAGUCCAAUUAUGAGUGUUUCAGGUGAAGGAAGACUCGAAGGCGUCUUCUUCAAACGAGGUACAUUGACCGCCGGUUAACCCGCAUUUGCGAACUUUGCCAGAGUUGUGCCUUUUGUUGUAAUUACCUGUUUACUUCCUUUUCUGCUCGUUCCAAAGCAAAGUCAGAUUUUUAUUAUUUUUUUGUGAUAAAACCUUUUAUGCACCUAGAAAGUUCAGAGGAAGCUUGACAAAGUGCAGUAUUUGAUUGUGGGGUCUGGGACGGCAGCCUACUACGCGGCGCUUGCCAUUCGCGCCAAACACGCCGACGCCAAAGUAUUGAUGGUCUGUCAAACAAAAAAAAAUCGGCUUGCGAUGAAUUUCGGCUCGCAGAUUGGCGAGGAAAAGCAGUUACCUUACAAUAAGCCCCCGCUGUCGAAGGAACUCUGGUGGUACGGUGACAGUGAGACUCCGCACACCUUGGAAUACACGGCUCUGUCUGGCAAAAAGAGAGAUAUUUUCUACGAAGUUCAGGUGAAUUUGGGGGAAGAAAGUAUUAAGUUUUUUCGAGGGUAGACUGGAAAUCCGAACGGUUGCACCUUUUGGAAAGUUAAAUUGAUUACGACCGCGAUAACUUUGUAUUGAAGUAUCAAUAAUAUUGAAGGAAAAAAAAAGAGCAACUUGAUAACAUAUCUUGCAAUAAAAGAGUUCAAAACUAUCUGAAAUGUUCCAGCAUGCUUUCGACUAGCUUCUUGUGAAUUAUAUCAAUAAGUAUUGAAUUUAAGUGAACUUAGUCAGAUGAGAAUAAUUUGGGAGUUUUUUCCUUCUCAAAGACCAAAGAAGAGUAUUUUCUCGAGCGGUUUUUAUCUCUCUUCUGAAAAAAAGAACUAUCCGUAUUCCUGCCCGGUGUCGGAAAAAUAUCAAAGGAAAUCGGCACACUUAACCUCAAAAGUUUUCACACUGCGAACUUUCGAAUUGGUAGCAAGUUAGAAGAAGCUCAGUUUAAAUAUCUCCGAAUUUUUCUGACAUUGAGUCAAAAAUGUUGUAAUCGAUUUCAAGCUUUCCGAAUUUUAGGGUUUUUACGUGGAUGAAAAGGAGUUGGAAGAGACUUUGCACGGAGGAGUGUCGUUGAUUUCGGGCAAAAAAGUGGUCAAAGUAUGUACCGCGGACAAAAAAGCUUACCUGGAAGACGGCUCUUCAGUUUCUUACGACAAACUUCUUGUCGCCACAGGUCGGUUCUUUUUUUCUCGCCUUUUCUCGGUCGUAUUCGAAUAACUUGACCGGGUGCAGGAUCGCGACCGCAACCAUUCCCCUUGUUCGACGAGGCCGACGAAAAAGUUCGUCGUCGCACUUCAUAUUAUCACAACGCAAGACUUUCAUAGUUUCAACAGGAAAAGUUUUAACAAUUUCAGGUCGAUGACUAUAAAAAACUUGAGAACGAAAUUAACAAUAAUGGCGUCAGGAAUAUCACCGUCAUAGGCAGUGGUCUUUUGGCUUCCGAACUGGUUUAUGGCAUCAAAAGAAAAUAUGAAGACGUGGUUGUGAACCAGGUUUACAUUCAACCUAACUUCAGUUCUGUUUCUUUUUCAAGGUUCUAGAAGAGCCCUACAAUGCGAGUCUGAUCCUGCCGCAGAACUUGGGCGAAAAAGCGAGCAACUCGCUGGAGAAAAUGGGCGUCGUUUUGUACAAAAACGACAAAGUAACAAAAGUCGAGCCGUCAGAUAGACAAAUCAACUUGAAGGUUGUUGUUUCUCACUUUUUUCGGGAUACCCGGGUACAUGACGAAAAUUAGUCCUUGUCCGCUUUAUGGCCCGUUUAGAAAUUUUUGAGUUUUUCUUCUUUAGAAAGAAUUUUUAUCACAGUUAUUCAAAAAAUUAUAUUGUUUUCAGCUAUGCUGAGCUGUUCUCAGAAAUGAAUGAAAACAAAUGUUCCUAUUCAGAGCAAAAUGAAAAAAACCCAACAUAUAAAACACGAACUGUGUUCCUCCCUUAAUAGUUACAACAAGAUAUCGAAGCGACCUUAUUUCAUUAAUUUUCACAUUCUGUCUGUUCAGAGACCUUUUCUUUUCAUUUUGAAAACGGAAACAGUUUCUGAGUUCCACAUAAUGAAGCAAAAAAGAGAUUUUUUUUUUCGCUCAUAUUGGAAAAUGUUAACACGGGAAACCUCUGUUGCAGCAAAUUUUCAUGAAGUUUUUUUCAAAUUCAAUUUUUUUAGUUUGACGAGUGUCAGAAUACUGACCUUAAGAAGGUAAUCGAAGUAGAUGAAUCUUUAAAGGCAUUCUUUUGUUGUUCUUUUCUGUAUCAAAACAUGUUAUUUGUCCCGUCUCUUCGGCCAGAUGGUAGGAAGGAAUUUUGGGUCCACGAAUAUUGGUGAGCGUUAAUUGUGCAUACAUCAAUCUUGGGGGCUCGAAUCUUUGAAAAUUUGAAUCUUUGCAAACAAUUCUUGGGAACAUUCACCUCUUUUCUGAUUUUUUUUAAAAUAAUUUUUCCAAUUUUUCGUAAACAGAAGUUGAUGGCGAAUGUAUACAGAGUGAAUGAAAGGGUGGUAGGCAUUCUGCAGCGAAUCUUUGACGACGUGUAUGCGAGAAAGACGCAUUAUUUGAUAAAAACUUUGAAGUUGAAAAAAAUCCCACAGUGUUCAUUUGUGGUUGAAACACGAAAUCCUCAAAAUAAAACGACAAAGAAAAAAAAAUGAAGGAAAAAAAGAUGGAAAUUCAAAAAAGAGGUGAAUAUUCCCAAGAAUCGUUUUCAAAGAUUCAAAAUUUCAAAGAUUCGAGUCCCCAUGAUUGGUGUAUGCACAAUUAACGCUCACAAAUAUUCGGGGACCCAAAAUUCCUUCCUAUCAUCUACGGCCAUAGUCUAUUCACAUUUUCCAGCUUGCCAGCUGCGAACUCAACACGGACUACGUGGUUGUGGCCCUUGGAACGGAGCCAAAUAUCGAAGUUGCUGAAGCAUCGGGACUUUCGGUUCACCAACAGUCGAGUGAAAAAAAAGCUUGUGUUUGCAGACGGAUCCGAAGUUUGGCGGCGUGACGGCAGAUUCUGAACUGAAGGUGGCAGAAGACGUGUGGGCGGCUGGCGACGCCGUCUGUUUUGACGACAAAGUUCUGGGUCGUCGACGGAUUGAGCACUGGGAACACGCCCAGAUCAGCGGUAGACUCGCCGGCGAGAACAUGGUCGGCGCCCAGAAGGCCUUCUGGUUAGUCCUUUCUUCGUUGAAGCAAGCAGGUCUGGAAUCUUGUAUCGAAAUCUUCGCUGAUAUUUCUAAAUACGGAAGACGAUUCGAAGGGAGAAAAUUUGCCUACCAUGUCUGCUUUGAUCCUAUAGAUGUUUAGUUUGAAAAAAAAAAGUUUCGAAUUUGAGCCGGGUUGUAACUAUUUUAGUGACGCGUCAGGAUUUAUGAAUUUUACUAGUAUUUUUAGUGAACUCCUACCGCCGAGAUUUUCCGGUUAGAACUGUCUUAUGUCUUCAGAACUUAAGUAGGUUUCAUUUUGGGCCUGUGUUGUUCAUAAGGACGUAGAAAUUGCUAAAUUUUCUUCCAAGGUUUUUAAAAGUAUAAUACGCCUCAGAGAAGUGAUCAAAAAGCUUCUCAAAACAAAUUUAAAGAUUAUUUUAAUAAAAUCAUUCAAAAAAAUGUUUUUGAAAGUCUAGAUAAACAUAGGAAAAAAUGUAUGCCAUAGAAUACAUAUUUAACUUUUGGUUUGUCAUGUAUUCAAACGAUCUGUCGGUGAACAAGAGCCAACUGCUUCCGGAAAAUCAGGAGUCCGAAAGUGUAGUCGUAAGAAAGGAAAACAUGAUCUCGUUUGCUUGUCCUUAUUGACGGUGUGCAACUAGCACAGAAUGUAGCAGGUAGUGUAUUUGAAACUCUUAGAUCGUGCUCUUUUGUUAUAAAAACAAGUACGACCAAGGAACACGGAAAACCUCCAUACAAACCCGAAAGUCUUUUUAUCCAAAGUUACUGUUUCAAACUAUCACAAGGAAAAAAAAAGAGCUUUUAAAACUUGAACCAGACAGAUCAGCAUGUGUCAGGUACCAGCCAUCGUUCUUCUCCAAGUUCGCACCGAAUUUCCACAUGAACGCUGUAGGAAGAAUUGAUUCUUCUCUGCCCACGGUGACAGUGUAUGCCGAGCGGGUAACUCGCUUCUUCGUUUUGGAAUGUUUUCAAACAUCUUCAGAACUUGACGGACAACUUGGAGAAAGCGGUCGUGUUCUACAAAGGCGACAAGGGCCAGGUUGUCGGCGUCCUUCUGCUUAACGUCUUCGGAAUGUCUUUGGACGUCGCUCGACGCAUCAUCGACGAUGCCAAGCCGAUAUCGGACUACCGGGAUCUUACCAAGCUUUUCCCGCUUUACGAGAUUCCAACACAAGAAGAAAAUGAUAAUGAAACUUCCAAGGAAACGGCAUAA